AUGGACGCGGGCGAGGUGCGGCACUGGAACGCGGACGUCAACGGCGUCUCGAUCCACGUCGCUGAGCGGGGCCCCGAGGAUGGGCCGGCGGUGCUCCUCCUCCACGGCUUCCCGGAGCUCUGGCUCUCGUGGCGCCACCAGAUGGCCGCGCUCGCAGCCCGCGGGUUCCGCGCCCUGGCCCCCGACCUCCGUGGCUACGGCGACUCCUCCGCGCCGUCCGACCCCGCCGCCUACUCCAUCUUCCACAUCGUCGGCGACGUCAUCGCGCUCCUUGACCACCUCCAACUCACAAAGGUGUUCGUGGUGGGGCACGACUGGGGCGCGCAGGUGGCGUGGCACCUCUGCCUGUUCCGGCCGGACCGGGAGCCUGGAAGAGCUGAAAGCGCAUUUGCUCGUUAUGAUGUUGCGACUGUCCUAAAAAAGUUCUAUUCCAUUCAAAUAGAUGAUCUCAGUGCUCCUCCUGGAGUGGAGAUCAUAGACUUUCUCGAGGCAUCUCCAUCACCACUUCCUUGGAUCAGUGAGGAAGAUCUGGGCCAGUAUGCUGAAAAGUUUCAGAAGUCUGGGUUCACUGGACCCCUCAACUACUACCGCAUGGCGGAGACGAAUUGGAGACUUCUUGCACCCUGGAACGAAGCCAAGAUUACAGUGCCUGUGAAGUUCAUAGCUGGUGAUAAGGACAUCGGUGUCCAGUCCUUUGGGAUUGAGAAGUACAUCAAGAGCGGGACAUUCAAGUCCAUUGUUCCAGAUCUUGAAGUCACUAUCAUUGAAGGUCACCAUUUUCUCCAGCAAGAGCAGGCCGAGAGGGUGAAUUCGGAGAUAAUUUCCUACCUCGUCAAGUUUACUAGCCAGGAGCCAUCAUCUUGA